AGGGCGAGGGAGCAGCAGGAUCCCCGGGGAGCAGGGGGCCCGACGUGGGGCUCGAUCCCCAGACCCUGGGAUGAUGACCUGAGCAGAUGCUUCACCAACGGAGCCCCCUGGGCGCCCCUGGUGCAAGAUUUACACAGAUGACGGAAGUAAAUGGGAAGGUGCUCCCCAUCCCUGGGAGGAGACCGGUGGGGGGGGGGGUCUGGCGUGAGGCUCACCCAAGCCACGAGCCUGAGGGAAAAACACCAACGAGCUGCACUUCAUCCAAAUACACAGCUGCACUGUAAGAGACAACGUACCUUUUCUUUUUGUUGAAGGAAGCUUUACCCCGAGCACGGGGCCGGGCAGGGCCUGGACUCGGGACCCCGAGGUCGAGACCAGAGCUGAGGUCAGGCGUCGGUCCCUUACCCAGGGCCCCCCAAAAGGCGGUAUUUUGAAAACCUGGGUAAGCCACAGCCCGGGAGAAAUUGCUGCAAAUAUCCUAUCUGAUAACCCGUCACCCCUAAAGCCUUGGAAAACAACUUAGAAGCAAGACUUAGGCCCCCUCCCCCAGAAGGCGGGGCAAAGGAGCCGAACAGUCGCGGCCAGAGCGACAUGGCACGGGGACAGCCGGCGCGUGACCGACCAUGGCGUAAGCAGGCGAGGACGUGAAACCGCCGCACUGCUCGUACUUUCCAAAACGUUAUCUAAGUAGUUUUGUAAGAAGCUGCACGUAGCAGCAGCCGGCUCGGGAGCGCGAGGCUCUGUCGGGCGCAGAUGUGACUUACACGUAAAACCUACGAACCGUGAGCCCGCAGUUCCGCUCACACGAAGCUACCCAAGGCACGACACACGUGCACCCGAGAGUGGAAGGUCAAUGCUCGUGGCCACGUCUGUGGGGCCCCCGAGUGGCAGCAACCUGGACGCAUGUCACCUGGGCUGCCUCCCCACCCACCCCGCUGGAGCACAGCCUGGACCGUGUACCUCAUGCCUGUGGCCGUCUCAGGGGACACCUGCGGGUGAGGGCACCCACGCGGCUGCGCCACAUGCGGAGCAGAGCAAAGGACCCAGCGGCAAGGAGGGCCCCUAACUGCCAUCUAGCAACGAGACCCUAACAACAGUGCAGGAGGCAGGCGACGGCAGGAGAGCCAGGCAAGAUGACGUCGGCUGGGGACACGGGCUUGGGCGUGUUUUCCACGCAAACCGCAGCACAACCCCGACCCCCACCCCACCCUGGCUUUGGUUCAGACGCUGGUGGGCUGCUCGGCCCGGAAGGGAGGGACCCCCUCCCCACCCUGGGGCUUGGGGACAGGCCACCGGCCGCAGUGAGGGGACCCCGGGGUGCUUGGACAGCGUGUGCUCGGUCCCUGUGCCAGAGCGGCGGGCGGCCAUGGACACCAGCCGGAGCCGGGCCCUGCCACCUUCACGGCCUGAGGCCUCCGCUCAGCGCCAUGUGGGGCGUUGGGGACCGUGAAAAUGGGCGGAGCCCGAGGUGACGGGACAGUGGACAGGCUCCGGCCGGUGCAGGGCCCCUGCCCGCAUCCUCCCGACACUUGCUCCAGGCCGUGACCCUUCAGAACCAUGACUCACGGUGACCCAGGUGACCCAGGACGACAAGUCGGCGACAGCCCGAGGGGCCGCACUCUCGCUGGUGUUUGACAAACACUGAAUGAGUGCCACGGCCACGGGCCGCUCCCCCUUGGGGGUCGGGAACACUGGGCAGGGGUGCGGCCCCAAGGGGGUGUGACCCGCUGAGCACGCAGGAAGGCUCGGCCUCACCUGCUGGGGCGCACCUCAGGUCCCAGCACAUCCACCGACACCCACAGGCUCCGGGCAUGGUGUCCCCGGCCGCAGGCGGGUGAGCGCAUCCUGAGACUCAAGCAGGGCCAGCUGCGGGGACGGGCCAGCUGAAUCCCGCGUCACACAUGCAGCCGGACCCAGGGUUCGCAUGUGACCCCACGUCUGUGACAAUCUGGAGCAAAUGAAACCAGGUGCCUUGGGGAGCCCCGCAGGUGGCCAACUCCCUGAGUGGUCAGGCUCCGAGGGGCCCGGGAGGCUCCAGGGUCCCUCUGGGGGGCUGGGGGCAGCCCCAGCCGUGGGGAGGGCUGCAGCGCGGGGGCCCUGCAGGGGUUUCCAGAAUGAGCCCCGUCCCCUCCCUCCCCACCUGGCUGAAGGCCCCGCAGGGAACGUGCUGAGUCCGCACUUUGCGCUGUGUAAACGCGUGUUUACCGUGUAAAUUUCUGGGCGUGGACUUUCUCCCGGCGGAUCUAUAAUUUCUCAGAACAGAGGCUGAGACCCGACCUGGGGAUCAAUCAAAGCUCGAUAAAGGGAGAGAUAAAGCCGCCCUCGCCCCACCCCCGCCACGGGAGCUGUGGGCCGGCGGGCUGAGGCUGGGGAGGGUGCCGCAGUCCCGGGGGGCCCCCGCCCCUCUCCCUGGGGCCCGGCCACAUCCAGCCCAGCCCCCAUGGGACCCACAGAGUCGGGGCCCAUCGAGGUGCGGGUGCGCCGGGGUGGGGCGUGGCUGGGGGCCCUGCUGCCUGGGAACCUUCUUCCCGGCCUGACCUGGGGCCGACCUCAGGCGGGGCACCGGGCCUAUGGCGGGGUGGCCAUGGCCCCACGGGAGCUCCAGAGGCCGGGCCGCGUCCCCAGGCAGGUGGAGGCUGGUCCCAGGGCCACAGGACGGCUCCCCCAAAGCCAGGCCUCUCCGCUCCUCCCGGGAGGGCUGUGCGGGGGAAAGCAAACACAAGGUGGCCGCCCCGGUGUUCCUAGAAGAGGUCGGGGGGAGGAGGUGCGGCCAGACACCAGCUGACCCCGAGGUCCCAGGAGCCAGGCUAGGCCAAGGCUGGGCCGGGCCUGGGGAGUCCUCACAAGGACCCCACCCAGGCUGUUAGGAAACGGGCAGGGGAAGGAGGAGGGGGUCAGCGUGCCAGGCUCUUCUCCUGCUUAACUCCCACGUGGCCAUCUGCUGAGGGGAGGUCCCCCGCCGCUGCCCCAGGGGCCCCUAUGAGGGGCAGGAGACCAGCCAGACGAGGGGACCUCCUCUCCUGGCUUCCCCCAACCUGUCUUGAGCCUCCCAGCCCAGCAGACUGCUCCGGGGGACACCCCUGUCCCCCACGGGCCUGCCGCCCGGCUCUGCCCCGCCCAGUCCUGCAGAAGGAUGGCUGGGGGUGACCACCGGGGCCUCGGAACCGUACCCGGCCCACCUUGAGCCCUCAAGGUAGCUUCGGGGUGAAUGCAGCCCCCCAGGUCCCCCCUGCGCCGUCUGCAUCCUAGACACUUGGGGCCGAUGCUGGCCGCUGGGCACGGGAGGGUUAAUGGAAUCGGGGCCAGUCGGGCUGGGCUGGGCUGGCCGGCCACGGGGUGCUGGCUGCCCCGGCAGUGGGGAAAUCAGAGGGCAGGCGCAGCCGGCCCCAGCAGAAGCAUCCAGCUCAAGGCCUGCCUGCGCUCCGCCCCGCAGCCGGAUGGCCCUGAUCAGAGGAGGCCCGGUCCUGGCCAUGCUGCUGGUCUCCUGGGCAGCGCUGGGCCCUCGCGGCCUGCAGGCAGCAGAGCCCGGGGUUCCAGGGGCCCCCGAGAGCCUGCAGUGCCCGGCCGCCUGCACCUGCGGCCACGACGACUACAUGGACGAGCUCAGCGUCUUCUGCAGCUCCCGGAACCUCACGAGUGUGCCCGAUGGCAUCCCGGCCGGUGCCAGGGCCCUGUGGCUGGAUGGCAACAACCUGUCCUCCAUCCCCGAGGCGGCCUUCCAGAACCUCUCCAGCCUGGGCUUCCUGAACCUACAGGGCAGCGGGCUGGCCAGCCUGGAGCCGCGGGCACUGCUCGGCCUGCAGCAGCUCCGCCACCUACACCUGGAGCGGAACCAGCUGCGCGGCCUGGGGGCCCACACCUUCCUGCACACGCCGGGCCUGGCCUCGCUCGGCCUCAGCAACAACAUGCUGGGCCGGGUGGACGAGGGCCUCUUCCGGGGCCUGGCCGACCUCUGGGACCUGCACCUGGGCUGGAACGGCCUGGCCGUGCUCCCCGACGCCGCCUUCCAGGGCCUGGCCAGCCUGCGCGAGCUGGUGCUGGCGGGCAACAAGCUGGCCUACCUGCAGCCCCCACUCUUCUGCGGCCUGGGGGAGCUCCGGGAGCUGGACCUGAGCAGGAACGCCCUGCGCAGCGUCAAGGCCAACGUGUUCGUCAAGCUGCCCAAGCUGCAGAAGCUCUACCUGGACCACAACGUCAUCGCUGCCGUGGCGCCCGGUGCCUUCCUGGGCAUGAAGGCGCUGCGCUGGCUGGACCUGUCGCACAACCGCGUGGCCGGCCUCCUGGAGGACACCUUCCCUGGCCUGCUGGGCCUGCACGUCCUGCGCCUGUCACACAACGCCAUUGCCGGCCUGCGGCCGCGCACCUUCCGAGAUCUGCACUUCCUGGAGGAGCUGCGGCUCGGCCACAACCGCAUCCGGCAGCUGCCUGACAAGGCCUUCGAGGGCCUGGGCCAGCUGGAGGUGCUGACACUCAACGACAACCAGAUCCGUGAGAUCGAGGCAGGCGCCUUCGUCGGCCUGCUCAGCGUGGCUGUCAUGAACCUGUCUGGGAACUGCCUGCGGAGCCUCCCCGAGCGCACCUUCCAGGGCCUGGGCCGGCUGCACAGCCUCCACCUGGAGCGCGGCUGCCUGGGCCGUGUCCGCCCGCACGCCUUCGCUGGCCUGUCGGGGCUGCGGCGGCUCUUCCUCAAGCACAACGGCAUCACAGCCGUGGACGAGCAGGGCCUGUGGGGGCUGGCGGAGCUGCUGGAGCUGGACCUCACAGCCAACCGGCUCACGCACCUGCCGGCGCGGGCCUUCCAGGGCCUGGGCAAGCUGGAGUACCUGCUGCUCUCGGGCAACCAGCUGGCGGCGCUGGCAGCCGACUCCCUGCGGCCCCUGCAGCGUCUCUUCUGGCUGGACGUGUCGCACAACCGCCUGGAGGGGCUGCCGGAUGGCGAGCUGGCCGAGCUGGGGCAGCUGCGCUACCUGAGCCUCACCAACAACUCCCUGCGGAUCUUCACGCCGCCGGCCACCGGCCUGGAGCGCCUCUGGCUUGGGGACAACCCCUGGGACUGCGGCUGCGCACUCGGUGCCCUCAGGGCCUUGGCUCUGCGGGAGCCGGGCGUCGUGCCGCGCCUCGUCCAGGCCGCGCCCGAGGGGGACGAUGGCCAGCCACCCAUCUAUGUUUCCAACAACAUCACCUGCGCCGGCCCCCCGGGCGUCUCAGGCCUCGACCUGCGUGACGUCACCGACGCCCACUUUGCUCAGUGCUGAGCGAGGCUGGGACCGGCUGGUGGCCCCUGGGGGCAAAGUGGGCCCUCGGUGUCCCCCUCGGCAGACACGACACAGCCCCAGGGGCCUGGUCCCUGACCGAUGGAUGGGAGGGGGGAGGGAAGGGGCCACAUACAUCCUCAGGGUCCCAGCCGUAGUUUAUUAAAAGCCAUCUGACACAA